AUGGAGAAAUAUAACCUCACAGUGGUGACUGAAUUCAUCCUGAUGGGCAUCACUAAUCGCCCUGAGCUUCAGCCCCCAUUAUUUGUGCUGUUCCUCAUCAUUUAUCUGACCUCACUGGUGGGAAACUUGGGAAUGAUCAUCCUCACCAUGGUGGACCCCAGGCUUCAAACACCCAUGUACUUUUUUCUCAGACACCUGGCUAUUACAGAUCUUGGCUAUUCUACAGAUGUGGGACCCAAAAUGUUAGAAAAUUUCAUUACGGAACAAAAUACAAUAUCCUUUAACCUUUGUGCUACCCAACUAGCCUUCUUUCUUUUCUUUAUUGCUUGUGAACUUCUUAUCCUCUCUGUGAUGUCUUAUGACCGUUAUGUGGCCAUCUGUAAGCCUCUGCUCUACAGGGUCAUCAUGUCACAUAGAAUAUGUUGGGUUCUUGUGGCCUUACCAUAUCUCUACAGUAUAUUUGUGUCUCUAAUAGUCACCAUAAAUAUUUUUUCUUCAUCCUUCUGUGGUUACAAUGUCAUCAGCCACUUUUACUGCGAUGGUCUCCCCUUGUUAUCUUUGGUCUGCUCAAAUACACAUGAAAUUGAACUGAUAAUAUUAAUCUUAUCUGCUGUUAAUUUAAUAUCUUCUCUUCUUGUCAUUCUUGUGUCCUACAUGCUCAUCCUCAUAGCCAUUCUCAGGAUGAAGUCUGCUGAGGGCAGGCGCAAGGCUUUCUCCACCUGUGGGUCCCACCUCACAGUGGUCACCAUCUUCUAUGGUACCUUGAUAUUUAUGUAUGUCCAGCCCAAGUCCAGCCACUCCUUUGAUACUGAUAAAGUGGCCUCCAUCUUUUACACUCUGAUUAUCCCCAUGUUGAAUCCCUUAAUCUAUAGCUUAAGGAACAAAGAUGUUAUUUAUGCCCUUAGAAGGACAGGGGGAAAAGUACACAAUAUCUUCUUGUAG